UCUCGGAUGUAUAAAUACAGAGCAGCAUACAUCUCACCAAUUAAUCUAAACGUUUUGUCAACAUGGUGAACAUUAAACUCUGUGUGUUUUUCCUGAUCGUAGGGCUGUGUUCUACUGUUGAUGGGUCCUGUUUUAUGCAGAAAACAACAGAUUGUAUCUACAAAGGAAUAAUAAUAAAAGAUAAAGCCAAUUACCAAUCUAUCAAAGAGUGCAUCAAUUGUAGCUGUUCGGGAGGAUUACUACAAUGCUGCUCUAUCGGCAUGCACAUCUCUAGCGCAUCUACUGAUUGUAAAGUGGUACCAGAUGGACCUUGUUCUGAAAAGGCUGUUCUUAUUACUGACGAGACACAGCCCUGUCCAGGAGGAUUUUCUAUGACUGGGCGUUGAAUGUGAAUAAGUGUCUUAUUGAUGUUGUAUUAAUAAAAUUGAUGAUGAAAUUU